AUGGAGAAGUCCAUUGAGAUCAAUGGUAGCAAUGAAUACAAACUGCCCCACAUGAAGAAGGAUGCCUCGAUUGCAAACCUCUCGUCCUUCCAUGUCGAGUGUGAUGCAACAAGCUACGAGAGUGCGCUGAUGCACUUCAACAAUCGCCUGGCUGAAGAAGUGCACUUUGAAGCGAUGGUGAAUUCCCAGGAACAAGUAAUUUAA